AUGGCCCAUACUAAUCUUCUGCACCAGCUCGAUAUACGGCCAACUGCCGUUGAAGCUCGAGCUGCCUUCGACCAAGAAUGGACUCCUACGACUCAACCCACACUUCUUCCCGUUUGCGCCUCUGCUCCCGCCGAUCUAUUGACUCCUUCAGCUAUCUAUCUUAAGCUGUCCUCGGGCGCAACUGCCGAAUACUCAUUUCUCCUCGAGAGUGCGACUGGAAGCACGGAGACGGUUGGACGAUAUAGUUUUAUUGGCGCCAACCCGCGAAAAGUACUGGCGACUGGCGACGGCUACGAACACAAUGGCGACCCGCUCAAGACCCUAGCGUCCGAGCUUUCCAAUGAUCGAGUCCUCGAUAUUCCUUCGCUGGCGCUUCCUAAGCUGUCUGGCGGCGCUGUUGGAUACGUCUCAUAUGAUUGUAUCAAGUACUUCGAGCCCAAGACCGAGCGACCACUCAAAGACAACCUACAGAUUCCCGAGGCUUUGUUCAUGUUAUUCGACACCAUUGUCGCCUUGGACCACUUCCGUUCGACAUUGACAAUCGUCACACAUAUGAAGUUGCCCCAGAGUCCAUCUGACGAUCUUAAACCCGCCUACGACGAGGCCUGCGAGACCCUGCGAAAUACCCUCGACAUCAUCUACCAGCCCGAGACUCCCUUACCUGCCCAAACUCUUGGUGAGCAAUCAGAAUCAGAGCAGCAAUAUUCGUCGAACGUUGGCCGUAAGGGCUAUGAGACAUUCGUCAAGGAGCUCAAGAAAUACAUUGUUAAGGGAGAUAUUAUCCAAGCCGUGCCUUCACAACGGUUCCGUCGAAGCACCAAGCUUCACCCCUUUAACAUUUACAGAACUCUCCGAACACUCAAUCCCUCACCUUAUGUGUUCUUCCUCUCAUGCGCCGACUUUCACAUCGUCGGUGCUUCGCCGGAGUGUCUGAUGAAGACUGACGGAUAUGCCCCAUUACCCUCUGACUCACGAUUUGGCUACUCAGCUGCCGAAGCUCGAUCAAGACCUCGUAUCGUCAACCACGCAAUUGCCGGUACAAUCCACCGUGGAAAGAAUGCCGCUGAGGAUGACAGACUCGCUGCCGAGCUAUUGGCUUCCAAGAAGGACAGAGCCGAGCACGUCAUGUUGGUGGAUCUCGCCCGUAACGACGUGAACAGAGUCUGCCACCCCACGACCGUCAAGGUUGACCGGCUCAUGAGAAUUGACCGCUUCUCCCAUGUUCAGCACAUAACCUCCGAAGUCUCGGGAGUUCUGCGUCCAGAGUGCACACGCUGGGACGCCCUGCGCUCCAUUUUCCCCGCGGGAACAGUCUCAGGCGCACCCAAGAUCCGAGCUAUGGAGCUCAUCUACGACCUGGAGCAGGAGAAGCGGGGCAUCUACGCCGGAGCUGCAGGAUGGUUUGGAUACGACAUUGUGCGCGUGGAUGAGGGCAGCGAGCCUGCGGACAAGGUUUUCGUCGACGAAGGACCCAUGGACACGUGCAUUGCCAUCCGGACCAUGCUCGUCAAGGAUGGCGUGGCAUACAUGCAGGCCGGCGGUGGCAUCGUCUACGACAGUGACCCUACAGAUGAGUGGAUGGAGACGAUGAAUAAAUUGUCCGCCAACCUCCGCUGUGUGGAGCUGUCGGAAAGAUACUUUGGCGAUGGGGUGAGCACUAAGACCGUGGAGGAGAUUAUUGCGAUUGAGAGGAGGAAGGGAGAGGAGGAGGUGAAGGAGGCUGAAAAGUAG